AUGGCACACUCCGAAUCUCAUUCUUUUUUUCAGGCCGAUACCACUAGUAGUAGUAAUAAUAGUAACAUUACGACGACUACCUCACAGCAAUCACAACCAGUUAAAAAAACUUCUCCUCAUUCGAAAGGAGAAGGAGAAAGAAGAGGUAGUGGAAGAGGAAAAUGGGCCGAAGAAACUCCGGCGGCAGCUUCAUGCCUAAAAAUUGUAUAUCGAGGACGAUUUCUUGACGAAUGGAAAACGCUCGAAUCCAAUAAAAUUCCAUGUGGUCAACCAACAAUUGCACAUUUAACCAUAAAGGAUGUAAUGCAACUUGAUAACGAUGAUCCAAAAUCUUCGGACAAUGCACCAAAGUGUCAAUGUAUGAUACUAUGA